CUUCGACCUUGUCGAUCUUGACGUCUAAAACCGGGCUGUGCUUACCUGGACGUAUAACCCAUGACCUCUGCGUGAUCGCUACCUUCAAGACACAUCUUGUACACCGCAAACAUCUUGCCCUUCGGUCACGCGACACAAAUACAACAUCACCCAUCCCCCGGGAUAGCUUCAUCUUGAAGCUAUGAACUCGACAGUCAUGGCCAACGAGCCAGAAUGGAGCAGCAAGCCUGCGUGGAAGCUACCGGGCUGGGCCGAGCCUCUGAUGGUAGCGAGCAUCCUCUUUGGAGCGAUGGCCCUCACACGACGACGGAACUUCAGAAUAUUCGACAGGUCGACGAACAGCAACGUUGGGUAUCUCGACAGCGAUUUACAGGGCUCCUCAGAUGCGCUCCUCUCAUAUCCGUCCGAUGACGAUAGCGACCUCAUAGAUGUCAACACAAGCAAGUACCCGCCCAAGGUACGGAAGUGGUGCUGUACCAAGGUUGCCAUGCCCAACACAUCGCGCUUCAGGAACAACAUACACAGCCGCAUCUUGCAGCGCUUCCCGUUCCUGAUCGAGAUGUUCUACUGGGUCAUCAACUAUGCGUUCUACCGCAUGACUGCAGUUCUUUCGGCCAAGUUGUUCGCGGGAAGGGGGAUUUGGGAUGUCUCGCAAGAGCACGGAAUCGCAGUAUUGGAGGCUGAGGAGCACGGCAUGCUGAGCUUCCUCUUUCCCAUCCGCGAGCAGAGCGUUCAGCAGUGGUUCAUGCAUGGUCACCAGGACGCGCUCACUGUGCUCAACAAGUGCUAUGCACUCAUCCACAUUCCUGGCACUGUUGGCUUCAUUUGCUGGUACUACUAUGUUGCGCCAUCUUUCGACACAUUCGCUGUUGCCCGCCGAACGAUGACUUUGACCAACUUCUGCGCGUUCAUCACCUUCGUCAUCUACCCCUGCAUGCCGCCUCGCCUGCUCCCCUCGAAGUACGGGUUCCUCGACACUGUCCGCCACGACGAUGCGCAGAGCGUAUGGAUGAGCGGCAAGUACGUCAACCAGCUCGCAGCUAUGCCAUCCAUGCACUUUGGUUACUCUUUCUGCAUCGGCAUGACCAUGAUCUACCACUCUGGACUAUUCCGUCGCACACUCGAGCGCGGCGAGGUGCGCAAGAACGCUUUCUGGAAGCUCUUCUAUCUGUUUAUUGGCCUUGGAUACCCGACCUUCAUUCUGGUCACCAUUGUUGCGACUGCCAACCACUACUUCAUGGACGCCAUGGUCGCGACCUCGUUCGUUCUGCUUUCGUUCCUCUGCAACAAGGCCUUCUACGUUUUCAUUCCGCUCGAAGAUCUCCUGCUCUACGUUAUCCGGGCCGACAAGCCUAUUCCCACGACCGGCGAACGCUUUCACGAGCGCGGCGGACGGCUAUAGACGCAUUAGCAUUUGCGCAUCCUGUUAAAAGCCUUCAACUAUACUUCGACAUGUAUCCAUUUUCACAUACUUUGGCAUAAUCUGGCGGCAUGGGAACGGCGUUGAUUAGAGCGACUCUAUAUCCCCACGACUUUUGCAUAGCGCACGUGUGUAGACACCUUGCAUGCACUUCGGUGCAAUAUCAUGAUUACCCUACCCUACCAUUCUCGUACUGUUGCACCUCAAGCCCAUUUUUAUGCUCACCUGUACCCGUCUUACUCGUAGCA